AUGGAACAGCUGAAGCCCAGAGCAGCGAACUCUUCCCCGCUCACUCCCCUCAACUUCCUUGACCGCACCGCCACCGUCUACGGAGACUGCGCCUCCAUCAUCUACAACGACACCACCUACACCUGGUCCCAGACCCACCGCCGAUGCCUCCAGCUCGCCUCUUCACUCACCUCCUCCUCCCUCGCCAUCCUCCCGGGCCAAGUCGUCUCCGUCCUCGCUCCAAACGUCCCGGCCAUGUACGAGCUACAGUUCGCGGUUCCCAUGUCCGGUGCCAUACUCAACAACCUCAACACCCGCCUCGAUCCACGCACAAUCUCCGUCCUUCUCCUUCACUCCGAAUCCAAGCUCGUCUUCGUUGACUGCCUCUCCCGCCGCCUCAUCCUUGAAGCUCUCUCUCUCUUUCCCGACGGAUCGGCUCGUCCCAGGCUCGUCCUCAUCACCGACCAGGAUGAGCCGGCGGAGGAGGCUUCGCUGCUCACCCUUGACUUUUUCUCUACCUACGAAGAUCUGGUCGGCAAGGGCGAUCCGGGGUUUCAGUGGAUCCGGCCCAGGAGCGAGUGGGAUCCGGCGGUGCUGAAUUAUACCUCGGGGACCACGUCCGCACCCAAAGGCGUGGUCCACUCCCACAGAGGAUUAUUCGUCGUGACCCUGGCCUCCUUGAUCGACUGGGCCGUUCCCAAGCAGCCUGUCUACCUGUGGGCCCUGCCCAUAUUCCACGCCAACGGUUGGAGUUUCCCCUGGGGAAUCGCCGCGGUGGGCGGGACGAACGUCUGCUUCCGGAAAGUCGACGCGCCGACCAUCUACGGGCUUAUCACGCGCCACCGUGUGACCCACAUGUGCGGCGCUCCCGUGGUGCUCAACAUGCUCACCAACGGGGAAGGCAAUCAGCCACUUCCCAACCCGGUCCAGAUCCUGACGGCAGGGGCUCCGCCUCCUGCCGCCGUGCUGCUGAGGACCGAGUCGCUCGGGUUCGUGGUGGGGCAUGGCUACGGGCUGACGGAGACAGCGGGGCUGGUGGUGUCGUGCGCGUGGAAGAGGAAUUGGGAUCGAUACCCGGCGACGGAGAGGGCGAGGCUGAAAUCGAGGCAAGGGGUGCGGACCGCCGGGUUCACAGAGGUGGAGGUGGUGGAUCCGGACUCGGGCAGGCGCGUGAAGCGGGACGGGUCGGAGGUGGGCGAGGUGGUCCUUCGGGGUGGGUGCGUGAUGCUGGGCUAUUUGAAAGACCCGAUCGGGACGGCCAAGUGCAUGACGGAGGAAGGGUGGUUCUUCACCGGCGACGUCGGGGUGAUGCAUCCGGAUGGGUACCUGGAGAUAAGGGACCGGUCCAAGGACGUGAUAAUUAGCGGAGGGGAGAAUAUUAGCAGCGUGGAGGUGGAGUCGGUGUUGUACGGGCACCCGGCGGUGAACGAGGCGGCGGUGGUGGCGCGGCCGGACGAGUACUGGGGGGAGACGCCGUGCGCGUUUGUGAGUUUAAAGCAGGCGGGGACGACGGAGAAGGAGUUGAUUGAGUUCUGCAGGGCGAAGAUGCCGCGCUACAUGGUGCCCAAGACGGUGGUAUUCAAGGAUGAGUUGCCCAAGACUUCCACCGGGAAGAUUCAGAAGUACUUGCUCAGAGAGUCUGCCAAGCAGAUGGGAUCUUCCAAGCUCAGUCGUCUGUAG